AUGCCGAUAUCAUUAUUACCCAACACGGCGCAAGCCUUUGCGCCGCGGUCUGCCCCGACCAUCGUCCUCAGUUCCAAGGUCGAACCAUGGCUCACCCAGACGCUGAAGCGGGUCAACAAGAUCAAACGUCCGCUCAAUUCCAUUCCACAGCACUACCGAUGCCUGACGGAGACCUUGUCUGGCACGGCGGCAAUAUGGACGCUGUGCUCCAUUAUGUUACCCAAAGCGCCUGAUUCCGAGCUGCGGAAGGACUCGAAUCCGCUCGUGGAGGCUCUGUUCAACUACCAGCUGUUGCACGUUGACGCAUAUGUUGUACACGUUGACAUGGUGUCACAGCAUGAGGUUGCAUUCAAGCUGACUCCGGAAUCCAUUGACGCUUUGAUCGAGUACCACAAGGACAUCUAUUCCGUCGACGUGUCCGCCAACACAUGGCAAUGGCCCGAGAAGGAGGUUCAGCUCAAGAAGCUUCAAGAGGAAUUCGUCCAAGCGGUCAACAAAUACGUCUUCCGAACUGGGGUCCGCGCGCUCGAAGGACUGGAAGAGGAGGGUGCCGGGGAACUACUGGAUGGACGGAGCGAGGACGUCAAGAACGGCAUCAUGGGCCUUUUCCUCCCGUUGCUGCCGCCCCCACCGAGGAUCGUGGACGUUGUCCGACCCGUUCCGCAGCUUCUCCCCAGCUCCCCCAACGAUGCGAACUGGUGGCACCCAGCUCAACCGAUCCCUUCCCAUCCCGCCCCCGUCGACUCGUGGCGAGUCCUCCCGUCCACCCCGAGUCCGACCAUCGCGACCUGCAGCGACUCCGCCCCAUCCUUCUGGUCCACCUUGGGCAUGGACCAAGUGCAGCUCCCGUCGCCGACCCCGUCCUUCAGCCAACCCUGCUAUAGCACGAGCAGCCAGUACUGCAGCCCACCGAUGACGACCGCGAUGCCAGCGCUCCCGCUCCCGUCGAUGCUUGCGCAGUGCGGAACGACCGCCGGCAUGGGCUUCGGCGGGUUCGCGUGGAGCUACAACGACUUUGCGCCGCAGUACGCCGCGACGAUGUAG